GCUCGGGUGUUGGAUAAGGCAGAGCAGGAAGGCCAGAGGAUAAUGACAAACAAGCCGGAGGGUUGUAUUAGGGUGCAUCUUGGCAGCGCCCCAACACAUGAUAUCUGAGGCUCAACCUUUCACCCCCACAAACUAGAAACCCUUUAAUCUAUCCCCUCCCCCGCCAUAGCUCGCCGAAAGGAGAGCCCUCUCUCCUAGCUCCCGAUCUUCCUCUUCACUCUUUUCUAUAACUAACCCGACGGGGUAUAUCCGUCGAGCACACAGCAACCCCUCUUACAACUGCGCUACAUCUCCUUCAUCUCAUCGGCACACAGAGCUCAUCUCGCUCACCCCCCGCUCACCCUCCUCCCGAUUUUCGUCCCAUCAUCGUACCGCCGCCCGAGCCAAUUCACAAUGGAAGGCUCUUCCAACAUAAAUGGAGUCAAUGGCUUUAACGAUCUAGAUCCAUGGGCCCAACAAGUCGAGUACCGGGAUAUCAAAGCCCAACAGCAAUUGACAAAACAACAUUACGGCUCGCCGGCAGGCACACCAACACACACCCCUCCUGCCGCCGAAGAUGUAAAAGCAGGUUUGGCUGGCCUGGAGAUAGCUCCGGCUCAGGAUUUCGCGGAGAUGGAAAAACUAUCCAGAGACUACCAACCGGAUCUUGAGGUUUGCCGUCUUGUUUCAGUGUUGGCUGGCUUUGGUUGAUUGUUUUAGGGUCCACUUGUUGGAGCUGUAAAAUCUAGCAAGGCUUUGGAGGUGGAGUAUGCUGCCGCUGAUCCAGCCUUUGUGAGAAAGACCGUGGUAUGUCUGCCCUCACUGGUUUAUUGAUUUUGCUGAUCCGGUAGGCACUUUCUCCUAAAUACCCAAAUUAUCGCACCAUACUUGGGGAUGGUAACUGUGGAUGGAGAGGUAUGUGCUUGUAUUUUCUGGGGCUGCUCCGGCUGCUCACGUUACCUACUAACAUCUCUUUAGCUGUUGCCUUUGGAUUUUUUGAGCUCCUAUUAAAAACUGGGGACUCAAAUCACAUUGGCAUGCAGUAUGCCCGUAUUGCAUCUUUGAAUGGUCUCAUGAUGCUUGCUGGUCUCCAGCCUUUCAUCUACGAGGAUUUCGCAGAGGUCACCUUUGAGCUGCUUGGAGCUAUCGACUCUUCACCGGCGAUUGAUACCCCAUGUGAUGUUUCCAUGAUUGCAGACCGGUUCAAUAAUCAAGACGUUUCGGAUGCCAUCAUAACCCAUUUUAAGGUCAGAGCUUCGAUCUUAUAAUGUUGUUUGGCAUGGGCUAACGAAUGUGUUCAGUUUCUUACAAGCUCUUGGAUGAAGACUCGCCCGGAGUAUUACCAGCCCUUUUUGGAUCGCCCAGUUAAGGACUUUUGUGAAGCUCAGAUCGAACCCUAUGGUAUUGAGAUCGAGCAUGUCGGGCUUAUGGCUCUGAUUGAUUGCUUGGUCCUUCCUGCCGGGUUUGCGGUCGAAGUGUUUUACCUUGAUCGUAGCGCUGGCGAUGAGGUUAAUGUGCACCGCUUUGCUGACCUCGGGGCUGAUGGCAGUAUUCCAACACCUCCUGAUGCACCAGUGCUGAGGCUUCUUUAUAGACCGUAAGUACAUUCUUGCCGUAUUAGGAUGAUAAAUCCAUCUAACCAAACAGUGGCCACUAUGACAUCAUUUACAAGAAGGGAGAUAUCCCGGAGGAAUCACCCCCAUCGAUUCAGGUUUCAUUUCUCUCAAGUUUGCCUGAGCAAACAUUUGCUCCUACACCCCUCGGCAGCCUACUCCACCAUAUACCUUCUUCCAACUUGGACCCCUUCCCCAUAGAGCCCGGCCCGUCGAACUUCCGUCCCUCCAUGUUCAAUCUACCGGCUUUUCAACCUUCUCCCCUUCAGUCUUUACCUUUCCAGACUACCACGUUCCGUAAUUCGCCCUUUAAUCCGUCCCACUUCCAGAGUGAGCAUUUCCAGCCGGAAAUUUAUCAACCCCCUACACCUACCUCACUCGGUGGAGCUAAACGUAGUUCUUCUGUUGAAAAGUCUUCCGGGGGGGGGUCGAACGAAUGGGAAAACGCGCAGUAUUCGAAAGAUGGAUAUUGAGGACCAGAU